AUGCCCCCAUUAUUAUUCACCUUGCUAAACAACGAGAUAUCCUUGCGCCUGGGUCGACUAAGCCUAGCGUCAAAGAUCCUAGAUACUCCAAACUGUAUCCUAAAUACCGUUAGAGGAUCUGUAUUACAUUUGACGCCCGACAACUUGCGUUUAUUGCCUUUCCAGGCUGUUGGGAUAACUCUGGAGCAGUUUCUAGAUGUGCAGCCACCAGCUUCAACAAAGUUUCCCGGAGGCGCACAUGAAUUUUUCAACUUUCAAGAGUACCUGUUGUACGUUGAUAUACACGAUCCAGCUAAACAAAUCAAGGCUAGAGUUAAUUCUGAUAAAUUCAUCUCGGUACGGACACAUCAAGGGAUAAGACAACUUACAUUGGCAGACUAUCUGUCUUAUAUGAAUGCAUAUAAACCCGAUUUUUUUGCAGCAUUUUCUGAUUCAUUAAUACAAAAGAAUCAUGGCGACAAGCGUGUCCAGAAGUCGAUUGAUCGAACGCUUAAAUGGCUGGACGAUACACUAGAUCGAGUUGAAGAAGAUACAAAUGUUUUUGGUGUGUUAGGGGGACAUGGUAUUCGCGAAGAAAGGGUAAGGUCGGCACACGAGACGGCAAAAAGAAAGGUUGCAGGUUUUUUAUUGAAUGUCUCUGAGAUCGGAGACACUUCCGAAGAACGAUUGGAUUUGUUGAGAACUUCGCUCAGCCACCUACCGCAAGAAAAGCCGCGUCUUGUAUAUGGUCUUGGGACUCCCGGGGACAUCUUACGAGCGGUUUCUGAAGGAGCUGAUCUAUUUGAUACUAGCUAUCCUUCAGAGAUGGCUAACAACGGACACGCGUUUACUUUCAAGUUUGCUACGGACAGUAAUGCUUCGGACAUGACGCUAUCGAUGAAUUUGUGGGACAAAUCGUUUGCAAGAGACUUUCAACCAUUUGUGCCCUCUUGCGAGUGUCAUGCAUGUCAGAACUAUACUAGAGCUUAUACACAUCAUUUAUUGAUAGCACACGAGAUGUUGGCGAACGUGCUUCUAAUAAGCCAUAAUUUAUUCGUGUAUGGACGGUUCUUUGAGAGGAUAAGGAACAGCAUUAAAAUGAAGACAUUUGAUGAAGAUAUGCGACAAUUUUUACAUCGGUAUGAGGGACAAGCUCAAAUUGAACACUCUAUGGAACGCGACACGGAACCGAAAACGAAAGAGCUGAUUAUUAAUUGA